AUCGACCCUGCCUCGCUCGCUCUCCACCAGGCACUCCACCGCUUCCACCCCAAAGACAACAUGUACGCCGCUCGGGAAUAUAGCGACGCGUUCAAUUGGUCCGAGCUGGGGCUGGACGAGGGGGUCGAGAGGGAGUGGUACUGCGUCGUAUUCCGCUCGAGGCGCAAUAAGGAGAGUGAGAGCCUGAGUCUGUAUCAGGCGGAUAGGGAGGCACAUGAGGAGGCGGUAAAGAAUGGGGGGUUGGUUAUGUACUGGUAUGGCGUGCCGGACGAGACGGGGUUGAAUUUGGCGACGUGCAUAUGGCAGAGUCGUCGACACGCAAUCAAAGCUAUCUCCGGGCCAAAACAUUUGCUCGCGAUGAAGCACGCUGCGAAUGCGUAUGAGGUGUACGACUUGGAGAGAUGGGUAUUGCGGAAAGAAAAGGGUACGAGGGACCUGCAAUUGAGCCGU